AUGGGCGCCUAUCUCUAUGGGCGCUAUCUCUAUGGGCGCCUAUCUCUAUGGGCGCCUAUCUCUAUGGGCGCCUAUCUCUAUGGGCGCCUAUCUCUAGGGCGCCUAUCUCUAUGGGCGCCUAUCUCUAGGGCACCUAUCUCUAUGGGCGCCUAUCUCUAUGGGCGCCUAUCUCUAGGGCGCCCUUUCUCUAGGAGGCGCCUAUCUCUAUGGCGCCUAUCUCUAUGGGCGCCUAUCUCUAGGGGCGCCUAUCUCUAUGGGCGCCUAUCUCUAGGGGCUCCUAUCUCUAUGGUGGCGCCUAUCUCUAUGGGCGCCUAUCUCAUGGGCGCCUAUCUCUAUGGCGCCUAUCUCUAUGGGCGCCUAUCUCUAGGGGCGCCUAUCUCUAGGGGCGACUAUGCUCUAUGGGCGCCUAUCUCUAUGGGAUGGGCGCCUAUCUCUAUGGGCGCCUAUCUCUAUGGGCGCCUAUCUCUAUGGGCGCCUAUCUCUAUGGGCGCCUAUCUCUAUGGGCGCCUAUCUCUAUGGGCGCCUAUCUCUAUGGGCGCCUAUCUCUAUGGGCCGCCUAUCUCUAGGGGCGCCUAUCUCUAG